AUGAAGUUCACAAACCCAAUCAUCCCAGGGUUUGCCCCAGACCCAUCCGUCGUCAGAGUCAGAGACAGCUUCUUUCUUGUUAAUUCGUCUUUCCAUCUCUUCCCCGGUCUACCGAUCUACGUAUCGAGAAAUCUGCAGGAUUGGGAACUGACAGGCCAUGCAAUCUGCCGUUCAUCUCAACUAGAUCUAUCCCGAGCUUUCACAAAAUUGAUUCCGCUUCCAGAUGAGCGAUCGAUCCACGUCACCGGAGGCCUCUUCGCCGCCACAAUCCGGUAUCAUAAGGGCAUCUUCUAUGUGAUUUGCACAAAUGCCUUUGCGGACCCCAAUGACAACACUCAUAAAUUCCAAAACUUUUAUGUCACUUGUGCUGAGGAACGCAUAUCCUCAACCACUGGCUGGUCGGAUCCAUGUUACUUCGACUUCCCGGGCAUUGACCCUAGUCUAUUCAUUGACCAGGACACGAACAGGGCGUAUGUACAUGGCUCAUACCGUUCUGGCCCACCCUGGGCCCCUGACUGCUCGAUUCGACAGUUUGAGAUUGACCUCGCCACGGGAAAGUCCUUGACUGAUAUCAAGUUCCUCUGGAAGGGGGCUUCGACAGAUGCUGAAGGGCCCCACAUAUACAAGAAAGAUGGAUGGUAUUACCUCAUUACGGCAGAAGGGUCAACAUUUGACGGUCAUGAGAUAAAUAUUGCUCGAUCGCGGGAUAUCUGGGGGCCAUAUGAUGGCUAUACUCACAAUCCUCUCUUGACAGCGAAAGGGAGGGAUACGGAUAUCAAAUGGACUGGCCACGGAGAUUUUGUUCAAGAUGAGGCUGGAAACUGGUUCUGUGUUCAUCUCGGGAUUCGGCACAAUAAGUCUGAUCCCAAUCGACAUCCGCUUGGCCGUGAAACUUUCCUUACGCCUAUGCAAUGGGAAGAGGGGGAUUGGCCGGAGAUCGCGCAGACCCAGCUAGAAUUUCAUGCUGAAAUUCCCGACCAGCUUGCCCAUGAUUUGCUGGUUGUCGGCAGUGGUAGUGCCCAUAAUACCGAGGAUGUUUACAUUCGCACGCCAGAGCUCGGAAGGUAUAUUUACGAUGCGGAGAAGCAGAGCUAUUCAAUACAAGCUUCGUCUUCCGGUCUGUCUGCUCCUCUCGGGACAACAAGCUUCGUAGGACGAAGGCAACGACAACAAGCCAGCCAGGCGUCCACAACACUCUCAUUAAGUCAAUUUGAUCAUACAAAUAGUGAAAUCAAUGCGGGUCUUUCAGUGUAUAAGGACGACCUUCGCUAUGCUUCCAUAGCUUUUAAAAGCAAGUCGCGGGAGCUACUACUUGAGGUUCGAUCUGUUCGGGACAUGAAAGUGAAGAAUCGGAUACUCAGGGCCAAGAAUGUCCCUAUGGAUUUCUAUACAAUCCGCCUGAGAAUUACAGCUGAUCUAGAUGGCUAUUUGUUCGAGUCAAAUUUUGAUGAAAUGUGGGAGCCAAUGGGAAGAGUAGAUAGUUUGGAGAUGUCGGGGUAUGAUAUGACCGGCACGAUAUUUGGUAUCUGUGCUAGUAGUAGCCAGGAGGAUGGAAAAGAUGAUACAAGUGGGAAAUGGGUGAAAUUUGAGAAGUUCAUCAUCACUUAG